CAAUUCCACCGUCGCGAAAAGAGCAACGUGUGAAAUAAAGCUUUUGUGAUUGGAUCGCGUUUUUCAACAAAAGUAUUUAGGAACUUUUAAGUUUGAUUAUAAAUCUAUAAAAACCAAAUUCGAACGCUUAAAUUGGAAUUUGUUUUAAUAGCUAAUAAACGUAGCUUGCCUAACUGAAAAAUAAAGUUUUAAGCCUAGUUUUUCCAUUAAGGGACUGAAAAGUUAAAUUUCGUUGUCCAUCUGCAUUGAACGAGUAAAAUGGCCGAAGUUGAGAAAGAGGUUCCAGAGAAAACCAUUGCUGAAGAUUUGGUGGUAACCAAAUACAAAUUGGCCGGUGAAAUAGUCAACAAAACACUUAAAGCUGUUAUUGAUCUCUGUGUGGUCGAAGCAUCUGUUCGUGAUAUCUGCACUAAGGGAGACAAUCUUAUUGUCGAUGAAACCAGCAAGGUAUACAAAAAAGAAAAGGACUUGAAAAAGGGAAUUGCAUUUCCAACAUGUUUAUCCGUUAAUAACUGCGUUUGCCACUUCUCUCCAUCCAAAAAUGAUGCCGAUUACAUUCUUAAGGAAGGAGAUGUUGUUAAAAUUGAUCUUGGCGCACAUAUUGAUGGUUUUAUUGCCGUAGCAGCACACACAGUAGUUAUUGGUGCCUCAAAGGAGAAAAAAGUAUCUGGACGCCAAGCUGACGUAGUUUUAGCAGCUUAUUGGGCAGUGCAGGCUGCACUGCGGUUACUGAAAUCUGGAAAUAGCAAUUAUACGAUCACCGACGCCGUGCAACAAGUCAGCGAAUCAUACAAAUGCAAACCCAUUGAAGGUAUGCUUAGCCAUGAGUUGAAACAAUUUAAAAUUGAUGGUGAAAAAACGAUCAUACAAAAUCCGAAUGAAAGUCAGCGCAAAGAACACGAAAAAUGUACUUUCGAGACGCAUGAAGUUUACGCCAUCGACGUAAUAGUGAGCACCGGCGAAGGCAUUGGUCGCGAGAAGGAUACAAAGGUCUCAAUAUAUAAGAAAACAGAUGAAAAUUAUAUGCUGAAGCUAAAGGCAUCACGUGCGUUGCUGCAAGAGGUCAAAACAAAAUACGGAAAUAUGCCUUUCAAUAUCAGACACUUUGAUGAAGAAACAAAAGCGCGUAUGGGUGUUGUAGAAUGCGUAUCGCACAAGAUGAUUGAGCCUUUCCAAGUUCUAUACGAAAAACCAGCUGAAUAUGUUGCGCAAUUCAAGCAUACUGUGUUGCUUAUGCCCAAUGGUGUCAAUUUGGUUACUGGUAUCCCAUUCACGGAGGAGUUGUAUGUCAGUGAGCAUAGCAUAGCUCAGCCAGAACUGAAAGAACUUGUCGCUACACCUUUGCAACCCAGUAAGAAGGGUAAAGGUGGUGCUAAGAAGAAGGGUGGUGCCGGCGCCGCAGUUGGUGCGGAUGCGGCGGCAUCGAAGGUCGAAACCACUCCGGCAGUGGAAACAAAGGCCUGAAGUGUGGCUACCGUUACUGCCUUUUAAACAAUAUAAACACAACCUAACAGAGAUGAAGUCAGCGAAUCCAACAGCAGCAGUUACAACAAUAUAUUAGAAGCAAUAAGGUGUUAACUAAAAUGGAGCAAAAGUAACAAACACAGCCAUUUUCUAUUAACCUCCGCUAUAUAUAUAUUUUAUAGGAGCGGAUGUUUUAGGAAUUAGUGUGCGUGUGUAUUCUUGUCGAUGCAGGAGCAACAAUUGAAACCAUCGAUUAGAUUUUGCACUGCAGUUAAUUUCUAUUUUAACUGAAAAAAAUAACAUAAUAAACUUAUUAUCAACAAGAACGAACUUAUCGAUAUGCAAAGGACCUUUUUGAACAAUGAUAGUCGUAAUUAAAUAUAAGAAGUUAAUGAUAACUACUUACAGAACGUACAUAUAAGGUUGCACCUUUAAAAAGAAAGUAAAGUAAAAAAACUGCACGACUUUUAUUUUAUAAAAUUAUUAAGAUUGUAUAUCGAUAGCUAAGCAACUUAAGAACAUCAUAUAUGUGUGUAUUAAAACGCAUUAUAUUAUCAUUUGCGAAGCGGUAAAAAUGCAAUUUGGAAACUGAAAACUAAACCUUAAAUGGUAGCAGUUACACAAUAAAAUUAGUAUUUUGUAAACAUGGAAUAAAAUCGUUUAUUAUCCACCGAAA